ACAACCAGGGCUGAUAAAUAUCCCUGCGCCUAUGCAGAUACCGUUAACAUUACAGACGGUCUGCGCCUUAAAGAUGGCGCCUAUUCGUUUGGGGGCGUGGUCGUGCCUACCCAUCUGAUGGCCGAGUACAAUUUCAAGGUGAUCGAUGGUGUGGAAUAUCGUGCACCGAAACAUCUUCGGGGUUGUGUCUGUCUCUUGAGACCCUGCAUUACCCUAUGCUGUCCCUCCGGUCAAGUCUUCAGUCCGGAGAAUGGGAACUGCACGAAAACGGUGCCUGAAAGACAAACCACACACAUUGAGUUGACCAACAGCAAUCGCAGUGUGGAUCAGGUGAAGAUUAGCGAUCAUUUUGUGGUGCGCACGGAAUUCGGUUGUCGAAAUAAGUUUGUGGACAAGAAACACGACUCCUUCUGGCAAUGGGAUCUCUUUGCGAAUGGAUCGCUCCUAAGGGAUGGUCGACUCUGGAGCACCGAUGAAUAUUGUUUCACGGCCCUGGAGAAUAAUAAGGUCUGGACGUUGACUCCCCUCAAUUGUGAACGCUUUCAGCGUGGUUAUCGCGUCUGGAUCUAUGCCAUCUGCAGCAUCAUAGCAAUAAUAAUCAACAUCUUUAUACUGUCAUUGCUGAGUUCAAUUAAUGAGGCACGCAAGAGUCAUUAUGGCCAAUUGAUCAUUUACUAUCUGCUCUCGCUGAUCGCUGGAUAUUCCCUCCUCGUCUAUCUGACCCUCAAGAAUCCCAUGAAUCUAUCCCACGAGGCCUGUCGCAAUAUUGGUUUUCUAGCCUACUUCUUCAUUGUGCUCUCCUUUGUCUAUCUGGCCAUCUGCAGUCUUGACUUCCUGCUCAAGUUCCGACAGAAACCCAUACGAAAUUGGGUGCGCACUUUGUGCUACUUUGCAGCUUUAGUCUUAGUGAUCGCGUUGCGGUUUCUGGUCUCCUUUGCCCAGGACUCAAAUCUACCCAAACACUAUAAGCCAGGCAUUGGCGAGGACUACUGCUGGUUCGAUGUACGUCUUUGGGGCUUACUGAUCUAUUAUUACGUUCCCAUUCUUCUCCUGCUGAUCUUCAGCAUUUGCUGCUGUAUCAAGGCGUACUUCGCCAUCUUCGAGUUGCCAGAAGACACAAUAUAUGUUCUGGGCACUCAACUGCGCAUCAUGAAGAUUCACUUCUAUGCCUUCACUGGAUAUUUAGUGGGCGUGUUUUCCGUUUGGGUGCGUGAGAUGAUCGUCUAUAUUUUGGCACGUGUUCGGGAGCAUUUCUUUAUAAUAGACUUCUGGAGUGGUAUUUGCAUUCUGGGCCUGGCCAUAGCUGGUUUUAUUCUCCUUCUGGGCAGGAAUAUGCACGUGAAGACCUGGUGGUCCAUCAAUGUCGAAUCAAGUCAGACUGAUCUGAGCAUUAUAAAUGCACGUGUUUAUAAAUUCGAUGAAAAGGGAGAUCUUAAAUCACCAGAUUCACCAUAUAGACCAACAGUCACAUCACUUUAAAUGACAAACAACUGCCUCAAUCUGAACUCUGGUAUUCACUUUAGAUGAAUCACCUUCGAUUCAUGCUGGAAGCUUGCAAUUAUUAUUCAAUAUAAGCAAUAUUAAGACUUGUUAUUCUAUGGUACAUACUUGUUUAAUAAUUAAACAUCCAUUUCUUUCUCGAAAUUAUUCCUUAAGUUCCGUCUUUAACAUGAAUUCCACGUAAAAUAAGAAUAAACACAUACGAAACUA